CCGCCUUGUUCAAUAGCCAUCAAAGAGCAAAGGCAGAAGCUUUUCUGUGACACCAUUUCCUUCACCAUUAAGGCAUUGGAAAAAAAAAAAAAAAAACAAAAGAACCUUUUUCUGUGACUGAAACUGAAAAGGAUCAGCCUUUUUUUUUUAUCUUGGUCAGAAAGAAGCUGUCUUCCAUGGCAAUCGAAGAGUCAAAAAACGAAAUGGGUAUUGAUGAAACUGGAGAUAGGGAUGAAGAAGAGAAAUGGGCCACUCACUAUUCAUCAAACCAUCAAAUACUGUUAGUUGGGGAAGGAGAUUUCUCUUUCUCUUUGAGUCUGGCAAAUGCUUUUGGCUCUGCUUCCAACAUUUGUGCUUCCUCUUUGGACUCCUAUGAUGUUUUGAUCAAGAAAUACAAGAAAGCAAAGUCAAAUUUGGAGAAUCUUGAGAAGCUAGGGGCAUCCUUACUAUAUAAAGUGGAUGCAACCAAAAUGAAGCUUCAUACUGACUUGGCGAAGCGAAAGUUUGAUCGAAUCAUCUUCAAUUUCCCUCAUGCAGGCUUUUAUGGAAAGGAAGAUAAUGUCCAUAUGAUUCAAAUGCAUGGGGACAUUGUGCAAGGUUUCUUUAGGAAUGCAAGAGGCAUGCUUCGACCUUAUGGUGAAAUUCAUGUAAGCCACAAAAAUAAGGCUCCAUUUUGCAAUUGGAAUCUUGAGGAACUAGCUUCUUCAAACUCUCUGGCAUUGAUUCAGUGCGUGAAAUUCGAAAAAGAAGAUUACCCAGGUUAUCACAAUAAGAGAGGGGAUGGUCCAAGAUGUGAUGAAGCCUUUCCCCUUGGUGACAGCAGUACCUUCAAAUUCAUAUUUGCCAAUGGUGGUAAGAAGGUGUCUAAAGCAUCCACAAGCCUGGGUUCAAUGUGUGAAGAAUCUCAGCACUUUCAAAACAUUCCAAAGCAAAUGCAACUGCGGCCAACUUCUUCUGAUUUGAACUAUUCUCGCAGAAAUCAUAUAAGGGAUCUUAUCUCAUUGCAUGGUGGAUCGCCUUCUACCAUCCCUAUUAGGAACCAAUACUCCUUAGAUGGAAACUUAAAUGCUGGGGUCCAAACGUAUCAAAGGAAUACUUACGGUAUAGCAAAUUCUUUUCCUGAAAGAAUGAGGUCCAAUUUUCAUGCGAAAUAUUAUGUUCCAGGGCGUGGUCUUGAAAGACAAAUUGUGGAGGUGCCAAGAACCUUGAAUGGUGACUUGUAUUAUCAGCAAGAGCUUCACCAUGCUAGCAUUUUGAGGUCACGUCUGCGUUGGGUGCUAGCAUGUCAAGCCAACCAGCUGAAUGAACCAAAUACUUAGGAAUUACAGCACUGGUAAAUACUAGAAUCCUUGUUUUUGUUGACAGUGUACAUCAGCACGCAAUGAUUAUAGCAAAAUGAAUGCCCCAGAUUUUCCUAGCACUAGAAGUUUCUCACCAACGGACCAAACCCCAGCCAUAGGUGUCCAUCGCGUCCUAUAGCUGGCAAGCUUUUGGCUUCUAAUUUUCAUUGACUUUAUAAGAUGUUGAGAUUGUUUUGUGUGUGCGCGCGCGCAAAACAUAAGAAAAUAUAUGUGCGAACUGAGAAAUACCCAUGUAUGAAAUUGUACCAAUUAUAAUGUGGGAGUGAGCUUUUCAUGUGUUUAUGAAG